GUGACUUUGACAUACAGAAGACUAGCCAAAUUCUUCAGCUCUAAAAUUACUCGAUGCUCUUCCUCAUAGUUCAAUGUGCGCAAUAUAUUUUUUGACUAUCAAAGCCAAAUUUCUUUGCAACACUUUUGAAAUAGUAUGUCAAUGUAGUUUGUCUUCUGAAUCUGGUUGCUCUGGAGCGGCUGUUAUCAACAAUAUAAGCAACAAUGCCACUGCUGUUGUCGUCCUCCUUUCCGUCGCACACAAUGCGCCCAUGCACAGGCUUUCCCUCCGCCCUGCACUCACUGUCACUGGCGGAGAAUAUGCCUCAUCGCUCGACCCAGGCUCCUCGCUUCACUCGUCAAACGCUGCAUGAUUUUCCUCUGACUGUUCUGUGGGAGUGCGGGAUCGGGUGACCGUCAAGCAGAAAGAGCACCUGUUCCUACGGAUCAAGCGUGUUAUUGGAACACGACGUGGAGCUCGCUGGGUGACACUUAAUAAGGACGGCGUCGCGAGAGUAUCUUUUCCGCUGUUUUUUGCCAGUUCAGAGAUAAGAAUGACAUCCCAGAAGAAUAAAGACGGACUCGCCGAUAUCAAAGCAUUGGAGAAUAUUCUGGACACAUGCAAACUUGAUCUAACUGCUAUCGAUGAGGUCUGGCCGAACUUGUAUAUCGGGAACGUUGAAAUCGCUCAGAACAGAAAUGCUUUGAAGAAGAUGGGGUUCACUCACAUAUUGAAUGCUGCACAUUCGAAACAGGGCAGCAUAGGCGACCAGAGCUAUUAUGGCAAUGCAUUUGUUUAUUAUGGGAUCCCUGCAGAAGACUCUUCGAAGUUUGACCUCAGCGCGCACUUCCGACCUGCGACUGAUUUCAUUCACAAAGCCCUAAAAAAGAAAAAUGGAAAAGUGCUUGUGCAUUGCAUUAUGGGAGUGAGCCGUUCAUCGACCCUGGUUCUGGCUUACCUUAUGUUACAUCAUCAUCUCACUCUCCGUGGUGCAAUUCAGAAGGUCAUACAGAAAAGAGCUAUUUAUCCUAACAGGAACUUUCUGCUCCUCCUUCUUGAGCUGGACACCCAAUUACAGAGAAAACGAAUGCUAUGUCCAAUCCUCUGACAGUACAGCAUUGUUAUGAACACUCCAGUCUAAUGCUGUGGCAAAAGAGACUAACCACUGUUUACACUGUUUAUACAUAAAUAUUUCCCCAUGUCAAAGUAUAUAGGAUUAUUUAAAUGUAAAAACAUAUUUUAAAUGAAACUAUACAUGUUAUUUACAAGCAGGUUUAUCUUGCAGAAUACAGGCUGGAUAUUUCCCUACUUAUAGGGUCAUGAUUAGAUAUAUUAACAAUAUUAGAACUGACAGAAAGACUCCCUGUCAGAGAGCCCUAGAUCCCCUUUUACACUGAGUGCCAUCACAGCCUUAAAUCCACCAAGAAGAGCAACAGCCUUCCAAACUAGGAAACAGAUAAGAGUGCCACUAGGCAAGCUGCUGAGUCAGAGUCAAUCACCACAAAUGUAGCUCUCAAGUUUAACACCAGAUUGUGGAAAAAAUGUGCCUCCAGGCAAGGAGAUGUUUGAAGCAGACACAUUCUAUUCAAGCACAUGCAGGGGAGGGUUACAUGAAAAAUCCAUAGUGAUAAACAUGGGAUUAUAUAUAAAUGUAGGCUUUAAAUAAUUACCCUAUACAUUGUACAUUGUUGUAAGUAUUUGUUUUGGUCAUUUUUUCAGAUUAGACUAAUGCAUUUUGGAAGCUGAUAUAUGAAAUGUACAGUCUAAGAAUCAAAUAUAAGGAUCAGCUUUGAGUAAAUAAUUAUUGUUGUGUUUGACACUAUAAUAAUGUAUUUGACUUGAAACAUGAAUAGUCCAAUUAAUUACUUUCAUUUUUUUCGGGGAAAAUGUAAGAUUUUAAUGUUAAUGAUAUUUUAAAUGACAUUUUGUCUUGUUAUUAUAGGAUGUGUAGCUUUGGGAAACAAUGUAACCCUCUAAUUAAUAAGCUACAGUGGGCCAUGUUUUAAACAGGUACCACUCUUUGUUUGCCCCAGCCGCUCUCACUGUGCUGGGAACAUUACUGGACACAGCCCUAAAGAUAAAAUGUAAUCAGUCAUACAUGGAGUAAAAUUUCUACUACUUUACAAAUGCAACAAAAACACAGUCUGAAAAUAAAGCAUCAUUUGCCAAAUAAUCUUAUGAUGCUAUUUAUGUGCCUCUGUGGAAUAGUUAAUAUUAAACUACAGAGCUUUCUAUCUCCUAUUAUCCACAAGCUACAAUUCUUUGUGACAUAAUAGUAGUACAUUAAUAGUCAAUUAGAGUUUACUUCAAGGUGGAACUAACAAUGCAAUGUAGUUAACACAGACUGACUAAUCCAACCUGUUGUUGGAUUCAUGCUGUUUGUGGAAUUAUGCUUGCAAGAAAAAAAAUGGUUUCACACAGGGUAGAUAAUGAAAUUAGCUCUUCCUGUUGAAGACAGUGACUCCAGUUGGGCCUAUAUCACCAGGCCUACAGUAAUCCCCCAGAGAAAAUAUGUGUUCUAAUGGGGUUUUAUGAUCCGCUUCUCUGAGGAUUCUAAGCCACAGUCUGAUAACACACUAUGAAGCAUGAGCUAGAGUCUUGUGGCAGAAAUGAAUACUCAGUUAAGUGGUAUUUGCAUACAAAGCCAUGACUUAAACAUGAUAAGCAAAGAGCCAACCAGUGAUGCCAAGUCUUUUAUGUAAUUUGAUACCCAAUAAAGUAAAUAUUCAAAUGUG